AUCAUAUGCCUAGAAAUAAGGUGGGGCGCGGAAGCUCAAGCGUGUAACACAGAGGGAAGCUAGUCUCGCGCUUCCCGGAAACGGGACCGCAGAAUCAUGGCGACCGUCUCAGUGUGCCAGUAUUACCCCGGCGGUUUCAGUUUCGAAAACUGCAAGAGAAAUGCUCUUCUGGAGGCAGACAUCAAUAACCUCGGUUUCAGCUCUCCUGCUGCUCGUAAAACCGGCACCACCAUUUGUGGAGUCGUUUACAAGGAUGGUGUUGUUUUAGGUGCAGACACUCGUGCGACUGAAGGAAUGAUCGUCGCUGAUAAGAAUUGCUCUAAAAUUCACUACAUCUCUCCCAACAUAUACUGUUGUGGAGCCGGUACCGCAGCGGACACUGAGAUGACCACACAGAUCAUCUCCUCCAACCUGGAGCUCCAUUCUCUGUCCACCAGCCGUCUCCCACGAGUCGCCACCGCCAACCGCAUGCUCAAACAGAUGCUCUUCAGGUAUCAGGGAUAUAUUGGUGCUGCAUUAGUUCUCGGAGGGGUUGACUGCAACGGCCCACACUUAUACAGCAUCUAUCCACACGGAUCAACCGAUAAACUGCCCUAUGUCACUAUGGGUUCUGGAUCUCUGGCAGCAAUGGCCGUCUUUGAGGAUCGCUACAGGCCCAAUAUGGAGGAGGAAGAGGCCAAGCGUCUGGUGCGGGACGCGAUAGCUGCUGGUAUCUUUAAUGACCUUGGCUCAGGCAGCAACAUCGACCUGUGUGUGAUCACCAAGGGGAAGGUGGACUACCUGAGACCUCAUGAUGUGGCCAACAAGAAGGGAGUAAAGGAGGAUAAGGUUUAUGGACGCCCUGUGACCGGAAGCUACAGGUACAAGCAUGGAACUACUGGGGUUCUGACGAAGACCGUGACUCCUCUGAACCUGGAGGUGGUGGAGGAAAGCGUGCAGACUAUGGACACCUCCUGAGAUGAUACAACCCACCACACUUUGAUCUGUUUGUUUCCCACAUAACCAUUGACCUCAAGUCUUGUGUGGUGGUUUAAUAAGUUUUCAUUAUUUCCAAUAAAAGUUUCCAAACGUUGCAAA